AUGACGUCAAAUUUCCUUACUGGAAAAGAUAUAUUUCGCGUUUCGGACUUGCAUGCUGAGAUCCAUGAAAUUCGACAAGGGGAUCUCAACAUAGGAACAUACUUUGCAAAGUUGAAAGUCUUGUGGGAUGAACUACAAGUAAUAAGGCCUUUGCCUACCUGCAAUUGUGCUAGAAGAUGCGAUUGUGGUUUGUUAGAUAAACUGCAGGCUUAUCUUGACAGUGAUAACCUAUCUGUCUUCUUGAGAGGACUCAAUGACAAUUAUGUCUCAGUCCAAUUGCAAAUUAUGAUGAUGAAGCCCUUGCCCUCUGUUGAUGAAGCUUUUUUGAUAGUUCAACAGCAAGAAAGAAGGUUCAACAAUGGAAUGUUGAGCUCUCUCCCUCAAGUAGCAGAUAAUUUGAAUGCAGGGAGUGUGUUCUUGAGUCAAACUUCAGCUGAGAAGUGUUACAAAAAACACGGGUACCCUCCCGGAUGGAGGCCAAGAAACAGAAAUGUAGGGGCUACAAAUCUUGUUCAAGCAAUAAAUCAGAAUCCUCCAGAAGAACCUGUCUCACUAUCCCAGAGUGAAUAUAUGAUGUUCAAGCAGUUGUUGCAGAAGGAAAAUGCCAUCCAGAACUCUCCUUUGGACAUAGGACUCACACCACAAGCCAACAUGAUCUCUGCAAACUUCAUUCCCAAUGCUCAAUAUGAAGGUACUGCUCUCUCUUCAUCUAACUGUAGCAGAGUUCCCUGGAUCUUAGAUAGUGCUGCCACUCACCACAUUGUUUGCAGUCAACAUAUGUUGACAAAGGUCAAAGAAACUCAGGGUAUGUAUGUUGAGCUCCCUAAUGGGAACAGGACUGCCAUCACACACAUAGGAACUCUUGUGGUGUCAGAAGAUAUUGUGUUGCAGAAUGUGUUUUGUGUGCCUGUUUUUCAUUAUAAUCUGGUAUCUGUUAGUGAGCUAAUCAAAAACUCCAAGUGA